AUGGACGAAGACGCAAGAAAGAAAUAUUGUCAUCUUUUGAUGUUUGACGUUGUUGAAGAAGAAAAAGAUCAGAGAAAAAAGAAUUCAUCAUCUUUUGAUUUGCCAAUUGAAAAUUCUUUUUUGAUUUAUAAUAAUAAUCAUCACCAUCAUGCAAAUGAUGAUUCGUCAUCAUUGUCACCAACAAAAUUAUUAAAAUCAAAACGUAAAAAACGAUCAAAUAAACCAAAAAGAACUCCACGUCCACCAAAUGCCUUUAUACUUUAUCGCAGAGAAAAGCAAUCCGAAGUGACUGCGAAAAAUGACAAAUUAACUAAUGCCGAUGUCUCAAAAGUUAUUUCAAAAAUGUGGUGGAAAGAAUCCGAACAAGAAAGGUUUAGAUGGGAAAAAACUGCCGAUCAUAUGAAAUUACUUCAUAUGCAAGAAUAUCCAGAUUAUGUUUAUAAGCCAAAAAAAUCUAUUAACAAAAAACGUAAAAAAAUCAUUCACCAAAAAAUCAACAACAACGCUGAAUCUACUUUUGCUGACAAUCCUCAACCAUUUGAUGCUAAAUAUAAACUUAUGGACGAUAUAUUAUUCAACGAUUCUUCUGUAAAUGAAAUAUCAAAUUAUUUUGAUUCUCCUAAUUAUAAUUUACAAGAGUUUUCUAGAAAAAACAGUGUAGUAAGCAUAUAA